GUACAACAUGGCGGCAGUUCUGUAUCACGUUCACGCGACGUUCCUUAUUAUUUUCUCAAAUAUUUAGUUUAUUUCGAAAGUAUUAAUGAAAUUAAAGUGUGAAAAUUAUGCUUUAUCGUGUUGUGUAAAGUGCUAGUGUAAAUCCUGCGAAAAUGUCUACCCGUUCGCAGCUAACAAAGGAUUUAAAUGAAUCCGUAAAGGCCUUAUUGGGCAAACAUGUUAAAAUAUUGUUGAAGAAUGUUGUGAGACUAGAAACGAAACAGGAUAAACAAGAAAAUCGCGUAUUGGUAUUUUCACCAUGCCGCCUAUUCCUCCUAACAGCCAAAGUGCCAACAAGGAUCGACUGCCAUUUUCACUAUCUAGAGAUUACAGCUGUAGAAUCGAAAAGAGGAAAUCAGUUGAGUUUAACUGUAGGAGACAGAGUUUACAGCUUUACCACUAUGGGUGGUGGUGUCGAUACCACAGAAGUAGACGCUAUGAUAGAAGCCUUGCACACUGCGAUUCGAAAUAUUUUUCCAACCGUACCUCUCAAUUACAUUAUACGAAAAAUAGACGUCAUACCAGCUAGCAGAUUGCAAAGUAUAAGAGGGAGCGAGUUAGCGAGAAGUACGGAAGCCACGAGACACACAGGACCGUGUGGUGGAUUUUCUACGCAAUACGCUUGCAUGUGUGAUUUACACGGAGUCCCAUAUAGAGAUGAAGUCGCAUGGGAUGUGGACACCAUAUACUUAUCUCACGAUACGAGAGAGCUCAAUUUAAGAGAUUUUGAUCAUUUGGAACAAAAAGAUUUGGUGCCAAUUAUUUCAGCAUUAGAAUACAAUACGUGGUUCACUAAGUUAAGAGUAUCUCAUAUUAAAUUGGGUCACGAACCUUUGGAAAGGCUACUGCAUGUGAUGCGAAGAUCAUUGUCAAUUCAAGAAAUUUAUUUAGACAAUUUAGGAAUUAAAUGGGAUUUUGCUCACAAGUUAUCGAUAGCUUUGAUAUCAAAUACCAAUACCAUGUUGCAUACUAUCGAUUUGUCGAAUAAUAUGAUAGAAGAUAAAGGAGCCUCUAGUUUGUGUGGGAUAAUAGCCAAAUUGAUGCAAGGUGCUACACACUUAAGCGGUUUAAUGGGGAAACUGCCAAAGGGAUUACAGAAGUUGAAUCUUGCCCAUUGUGGGCUGACAGGCAAAGGCAUCAAUCAAAUUGCACAUGCUUUGAGUUUGAACAGAAGUAUGCCGACUAGUCUUCAAUACUUAAAUUUAUCUGGGAAUAACUUGAAGGAUGACGUCACCAAUUUGUGCAAUUUCCUAGCGCAACCGAACAGUCUAACUCACUUGGAUCUCAGCGGUACAGACACGACGUUAGAAUGUCUAUUCGGCGCGUUGCUACGAGGAUGUGCCACGAAUCUUGUUCAUUUAAAUGUUGCUAGGAACUCGUUUACCAGCAAAAAAACCAAAGAAAUUCCACCAAGUUUUAAACAAUUUUUUACCGCAACCUUAUCCUUAAAGUAUAUGAAUAUUUCAUUUUGUAAAUUACCGUUAGAAGGACUGAAACAUUUACUGCUCGGAUUGGCGUGUAAUGAAAGUACGGUUGAAUUAGAGUUAGAUAUGAGUGGAAAUAAUUUAGGAUCAAUGGGCGCCCACGUACUGGAAUCUUGCAUACACGGUGUGAGAUGCAUAUCGUCAUUGGAUAUAUCCGACAGCAAUAUGGACGUAGAUCUAGCGCAGGUAAUUACGGCAGUGAGUAAAAAUAAAUCGAUCAAACAGUUGUACAUGGGUAGAAAUACAGCUGGUAUGAAAACUAAACACAUAGCCGUUGUGAUGGAAGCAUUGGUAACGAUGGUCCAGGAAGACGAUUGCGUUUUGCAAGCUUUACAUCUGCCUGAUUCUAGACUAAAAGGUGAUUUGUACAAUCUAAUCAAUGCACUCGGGAGUAAUACAUGCCUGCAUACUCUUGACAUCAGCGGUAAUCAGAUCGGAGAUCCUGGUGCUAGACUUUUAGCUAAAGCGUUGCAAAUUAAUAAUCAUUUGAAGAAUAUUAUUUAUGAUAGAAACAAUAUAACGUUGCAAGGAUACAGCGAUAUUGCCUAUGCAUUAGAAAACAAUUACAGCGUCAGGCAUAUGCCAUUUCCGAUAUUUGACUUGCAACCCUGCAUGAAAACAUCCGCAGAGAAGACAGAGUUACUUAUGAAAAAAAUUCAGGAUUUGUUGCAAAGGAAUGUUACCCCAAAUAAAUACAGCCACGGACAAGCAUUUAGGCUACAACAAGGAUUCCUUCUAAGUUCCACGCAACAAAUGGUCGAUAGACUAGUGGUGCAAACACAAGAUACGAUAAAGACAUUGGCAGCUGAAAGUUGUGACGCUAAUAACGACAUCAAUUAUGCUACAGGGUUGAUACAAGAUGCUGAUAAUUCUAAACAGCUUUUACCGCGGUUACAUGAGGUUGUUACGCGGAGAGAUGAGAGUAGUCCUAUUGAGAUAAAAUUAAAAGAAGCAUCGGAUGAAAUUCACAAAGUUGUUUCAGGGUAUUUGCAGGACUCUCUGGACGGUAUGCUUAAAUGCGCUAAAGAUCAAUGUCCAACUGUACUGAACCAAACUGUCAUCAGGGGGGAUGAAAGCGAACCGAUAUCGGUAGAAUACGAUUUGAGAAAUAGUUGCAGAGAGAAAAAUCAAAUUAGCGCUGAGUUUAUUCAUACUACCGUUUUCGAACAAGCUGGGACUGACAUCAUCAAUAAAGUCAAUGAACUCAAUUUGGCUGUAGCAGCUCAUGUGUCGGAUCGAAUUACCGACGAAGUUAUCGAGUCAUUAUCCCGGAGUUACAAGACAUUGAUCGGCGAUGCCGGAUGCAGAACGAGAAGUAGUACACCUGAUGUGCUGAGAUCAAGUGGAUCUGUUAGCGCUGGAGUCAGCAGCAUUAGUGGGGUCAUGAUUAAACCUGCCGGUAGAACUAGCUUAGAUUCUGAAGAAGAAGGCGCAGCUAGUCUUUCCUUUACUGACACCAUCAGUCAGCGAUCUAGCGAUCAAUCGCCUAUGAAAUUGGAAUAUCUCAAUUUGGCCACUCCACAUUUGUCUAACAAACGAAAGAGCUUGCACGGGCGCAAACUCAGGCCAAAAUCAGUCGUAGAUUCCGUAGAGGGAUUGUCCGCUGAUGAUAUACCUGAUUUAUUGCCGUCUUUGCCUAAAUGUCAGACGGAAGUUAUAUCCGAAAAUGAACAUUCCCUGACGGAGUCACUAGACUCAGUUUCUGAGUUGCCGAAUACAGUUGGCCAACAGUUACAACAUUUAGUUAAGUCAAGACCUAGAAGAACAAAAACUAGAGCACCGACGAGGCCGAUGUUAAGACCUGAUCAGUUGGCCGAUGGCUUGGCAAUCGGUGAAGGACUUGACACGUUUUUUAGGCCAACAACGCCCACGACGCCCUUAGUAUCACCAACGAGCGAUGACAGUUCUAUUCACACAUUUCCCACGGACGGAGGUCCCAAUCUUCCGUUGAUGAGUCAUAAAACUGCAGUUCCUGAUGUUAAAAUUGACGUUGAUAAAAAACAAGGUCGUAGUUCGCCUAUGCUAAAAACGCUUUUGGAACCAACGCCGAGAUCUAGAUCAACGGAUAAUUUGGAAAAAUUUUCACCGCUGAUCGGUAGAAGAUCUCAAGGCGAUUCGCCACUCACGGCUUCUCCUCUUGCUCGUCGAAAUACGACGGAAAGCGCACAGAGUCACGAGAAAUAUGAAAUGAAGAAGGAGAUCAGCAGUGGUAGCAUAAAAGACGGUUUAGUCGAUGUCUCAAAAAGGAGUACCUUACCCAUAGCUAAUUCGAGCGGUCCUAAGGACGAUGCGAAAAGUUUAAUACACUCCGGAACAACGGGUAGUUUCAAGGAUGGUAGUCUCGAUAAUGUUAAAAGAAACAUAAAUAAUUUACCUCAAGUUUCAAAAGACGGUGCUUUCGAAAAUGGUAAAAAAAAAUUAUCGGCAAAUAGCGUAGUAACCUCGGGUAAAGAGGAUGUUAAAAAAUCUACAACCACUACGUCAGUAACUACGGUGACCAAAGAAGUAGAUGUUAAAAAAAACAUAGCGAAGCGAAUAGCUAUUGACGAUAAACCUGUAAGUCCAGUGAUACCAGCGGUGAAAUUAAGAUCAACCGGUUUCGAUCUGCGAAGUCCGACGAAUGGUGGAGGGCCUAAAAGUCUGGGGGCUGAGGUGUCCAAGUCCCCUAUUUUUAAGCCAAUCAAUAAAGGGGAAGGUUCUUCAGCUGGCGAUCUUGCAAAAAGUGGUAGUCAAAUGAAAAAUAAACCGGCUCCUCCGACCGCACCAAAACCCAGACCAUGGAGCAUGGCUACCGACCGAAAAUCUGGAGAAUUCAAUUUAUUAAGUGACGGUUCUAGUCCUAAUACAUCAGCCGGAAAUACCCCAGAUUCUGGCGACGCGCUAGACGAAUCUACGGAUAGUGGCGUCAGUGGUCCAGCAUCUUUGCCGCCUACUUUAUCUGGUAGCAGCACUACGAGUUCGUUGAGCAAUACAAGUACGGAGAAAAGAUCUGUGAGGGAGCUUGCGGCUAGUCUUAAUAAAGUGCAGAUAGAUAAAAAAGAAGACGAACAUACAGUCCCCGCAGCAUGGCGAUCAGUGCUUCGACGCUCAGUUGACCCACCUCCAAGUAUCCAGGACGUGGAAGUGGAGAAAAUGGUUGAAGAAAAUCGCACGAACUUCAAGCUUCGUCGUACUUCGUUGUUACGUGACUCGAAUUUCAACUAUGACAACGAUAUAGUCGACGUUUAGCAUCAACUAAUUUAACUUAAAUAAUUAAUAAUAAACGAAAGUCGAAUUCUCACCUUACUAAAAUGAUGUAGAAAACGCGGGCAUAAUUAGUAAUUAUAUUAUUGACUAAUUAUUAGGUACUAAUGAAUCGGGUACUGGAAGAAUUUUUCUAGGCGGGUAUGUGGAAGUAUCAUUUCACUUUUGUUUCACUGUUGAGACGUCGGAAGCUGCAAUUAUUUCUUUGAUCAACUGCAGUGACCCAGGUGUAGAAAUAGCUUGCGGUGAAAAUUCUUGAAAUCGUAUCUAGCAUUAUACCUUUUAAUAAAAUAUCAAACGAUUAAACUGAUCAAUGGUACCGUAUCAUGUGUAAUAUAUAUAUAAAGCAAAAAGAAACAAAAUAAUAAGAUGAAAAACACAAUCGAGUUCUUUAAUCUUAGUUAACGUCGUAACACAAAUUAAUGUAAAUAAUAUCCAAUCUUUUGAUUAAGUUUUAUUUUUUUAUUUUUCUGACAAUCUAACGAUCUUAGAUGAAAAAAAGAAAAAAAAAAGUAACAACGAUGACAAAUAAUAUCAGCAACAAAUUAUAUUUGAAUUUUAAAACAUUCCAUUGCUGCAUUUUAGCGUGCCAUCUAUUUUGUUAAAACAAAUAACAUGCUAACGUAAUUUUUGUGAUCAUUAUUUUUUUGUCUUGCUAAUAAACUAAUUUGUUCUUGAACGAAUUUUAAGGCAGGAUUUUUUUACCAUACAAUUUAUCUGCGCUCAUAUGAAUCAUAAUUAUUUGAGUAAACUCAAACUUUUUGCGAAUCAAAAUUUCGAAGACGAGAUUAAAUCAAACAAACACGCUUUAAGUUGGGACGUGUUCUUUGAUCGUAAUAAAUAGAUGUACAAAUAAUUUUGAAUCAUACGAUGCCGUUGCAAUAAGUGAAUAGUUACCAAAUUAAUUUCACCAUGGGAUGAUUACGAUAACAUUGAAAAAAAAAGAAUCACAAAAUAAAAUAAAAUAGAUAAUGUAGUGAAUACGGCAAUAGAAAUAUAUUGCACGUAUAUUACCUACAUAAAUCGAUGGUAUUUAAUGAGUAUAAGAUAGAUGAAGAAGAAGAAAAAACAAGGCGAUCGCUAAGGAAUUGCCAGAAUAUUCUACAGAAUUGAAAUACAAAUGAUAACAAUAAUAAUAAAAAUGAUUGUAAGCGAUCUCGUAUUACGAAUAUUAUAACAAUAGUUAUGAUAAAUUAUUUACAAACUUUUAGAGAUGCCAAAUUUAUUGAUAGCUAUUUAACAUCAUUAAUUAAUAUUCUAAAAACACGAACUUCAUACUUAAACUCUAAAAGAUUACACAUCUAGAUUUUCAUUAUAUGGUUGAUAGAAUCAGUUAACUAUACAAAAAAUAAACGGUGCAAAUAUAUUCUAACUAGUUUAUUUUCUUUUUCAAUGUCAUUAUCAUUGAAAUUCAUUGCAAUUUUUACAAAUAAGAACUCACUUCAGCUAGCGUGAGUCUGAUAUGAAAUUAGAGUCAAUAUUAAUUAAAUACAUAUACAUAUAUAAUUCAUAGUUUUGAACUUCAUUUUGUAUGUUUGAAUGUUUGUACUGUGCGGUUGAUAUACUUUAAACAUUUAAAAAUAAAUAUAUAAAUAAAAAAUAAACUAAUGACGGUAAUAAUAUCCAACAGAGUGCCUGUAAGUGAUUUUUUUCUGAAAACCAGGACUCUUUUGGAUCGUUAUUAUUAAUAAUUUAUAACUAUUACUUGUAUAAGAUAUCGUUAAAAUUAUCAUACGUUUGCAGAAUAUUUGAAAUAAAACUUCGUCAGACGUCAAUAAAUUUUUUUAAGGAAAUUAAGUGACGGCGAAAGUAUUCAAUAAUGUCAAAAUUACUAAAAUAUUAAUUAUAAUUCUGUUUUGUAUUCUUACUGAAUUAAUUAUGAUGCAAAUCACGCGCAUACAAUUGUAAAUAUUAUAAAUGAAUUUCCGUUCUUCCGACCUGUAGUAUAAUUUAAAAAUUUAAUAUUACGUCUUAUAUUAGUGAUAAUUAUCUCCAUCAGUAGAUCACUUCAAACUCCAUAGACUAUUAUUCGCUAUUAUCUUUCCGGUGAGCUUAUACAAUAAUUUUGUCCAUAUUGUUAGUUUAAGCUGGUUUAAAGAUGAAUGAUUAAGUUUUUUGGCAGUGCGGGAAUGUGGAAUAUAUUUGUUUAGAGUAAUGUACUAUACUUGACACGAUUUAAUGGUUAUUCAACGACUGUCAGUUAACUUUACUAGAAAUUAAUACAAAGGUACAGAAACUUUUCAAAGGUGGAAAAAAAAGUAAAUGAAAAAUGAAAAGAAUUUCCCAUUUUUUUUUUAGCAAUCACUGAUGGCAAAAAAAAAAAUCCGUAAUAAAUUUCUGGCAGUAAAUGAAAAAUUCCUGUACAUUCCGUAAGCUGUAAUAUGUGAUUUGACUAUAGUUUGAUCUGUGUACUGAGUCAGGUAAUUGUCAUAAAGUACGAAUCCUUCCGUAAUGGUAUUAAUUGUUUGAAUAAUUGAUACGUAUUGAGAGUAUCACAUUGAAAAUAAUUAGGCACACAAGAAUGUUCAAUUUAAUUACCGGACGAAUGUAACUUUUUUCGCAAAAUUAUAUACAAAUACAUAUAAUUUAUUUAUUACUUGGUCGAGUCAGUAUGCUAUAUAUGAUGAAGGGUAGUUAGUUGUAAGUGAACAUAAGGACGAAAACAAAAGAUACAAAAUGAAAGAAGACGAUAACCACAAAAAUUGAUAACUCUACACAAAUAGUAAUUGAUUAUUGGAAAUCUUGUAUAUAAAUCUUAUAAUUCACUCCAGUACAUUCCUUGUAUUUACGUCACGCUAUAUGAAAUAUUAUGAAUUAAUAUAGCAAUAUAAUCAACCAAGAAAAUAAAGACUCAAACAUAAAUAAAUAA